ACCGCUAACUUUGAUCUGUAGGUCACGUGUAUGGGGCACAUCCGAUUGACCAAGCUGCCGAACUACGGUUACCACACUACUUGAAUCAUUACUGAGUAAUCAUGAUACUUACUACGGACGAGGAUGAUCUGAUGUUGACAUCGCUGCCUGUGGAACUCAUUCUCAAGAUCUUUGCUUUGCUGGACUGGAGAACGAUAUUGGUUUGCCGGGAGGUUUGCACGUUCUUCCGUUCAAUACUAGAAGGAGAUAGAGCUCAAUAUGAAAUCGAGCUUGCUGUGUCUGGGAUGGUGGACGGCCCUCCAAGCCCCUUUACCACCUCAGAUCGGCUUGCACUUCUUAAGGAACGCAAUGCUGCAUGGGAGUCUCUGAGAUGGGUAGAAUCACAGGACACGCCGAUGAUGCAGGGACACAUCUGGGAGUUAUAUGGUGACGUGUUUGCGCAAUCUAGCACGCCAAAUCUCCUUCACUUCCGUCAGCUGCCAUCAAAGUUUAGAAAAAUCGAAGAAAAAACAUGGGGUGUGGCGCUGGACAUACAUGUUCGAGACUUUACCAUGGAUCCUGCGCAAGAUCUUCUAGUGCUUAUCGAGGAGCCUACCUCGCUCCCUAAUACCAACGUUACUACCCGUAGCAUUCGGAUCCAUUUACGUUCCCUCACCACAGGAGACAGGCACACACUAGCGCCUCAACCAGCCAUUCUCGUUCAUGACCUCGAUGCACAGAACGUUCGAGCAGAGUACACGUUACAAACCCUGAACUUACCAUAUGGGACUGGACAACGGGCAAAGUUAUUUUGGCAUGCUUCAGUUCCGAGAUUGCGACAUUCGCGUUCCUCAGCAGUCGCUUUUUGCUAGUAGGCAGCGUCUUCGAUACCGAGGCUACAGACACACAGGCUCGCCUCUACGUGUUUGAUAUGACCCAGUCAUAUAGCGAAAAGUUUGGCCUUGGGGCAAACUAUUUUUGCAUGUUUCUGUGGCCCGAUUUCGAUUUCUGGACCAGCCCGCUAACCUUUUCAAUCCGCUCUGAUCCGUCGCCUGCCUGGCAGCCUAAUCCAGAGGCUCGAGUACCCUUCUCAACGGCACCUGGGGACAAGCUCUUCAUAAUGACAGUCUCCUUGGUGAAUAAUGGCCGUAUCGCCUCUUACGAUAUGUUCGUUUCAGCCAACACUUUGCUCUCCCAUAUCGAGGCCCUUCCUACGGAGGUUCACUCCCAUGAUAUC